AUGAUACUGAUGGAUUUUGGUUACGUGCGUGAAUACAUAUCUCAGCAUGGAGGCUGGGACAUGUCAAACUUUUCGCGUAACUCGCGUAUCAAGGACGACGUGAAAGGUUUCAAGGUACUUAAGACCGGUACUACUAUUUGUGGUGUAUUGGUUAAGGAAGGCGUUGUGCUUGCCGCCGACACCCGUGCUACGGAAGGUCCAAUAGUGGCCGACAAGAACUGCUCGAAGCUUCACCGCAUAUCCGAUUUUAUAUACUGUGCGGGUGCUGGCGUAGCGGCAGAUCUGGAGCAUACGACGCUGUGGCUCGAGAACAACAUCGAGUUACUGCGCCUUAACCUUAAACAGCUACCUAAGGUCCAGAUGUGCGUCUCCAUGCUUGUACAUGAAUUGUUCAAGUACCAAGGUCACAAGCAAUGUGCCUUAAUCCUAGGCGGAUUUGAUACUUUGGGGCCACAUCUGUUCAGCAUUUCGCCACGCGGUUCUUCCGAUUCUCUUCCGUUCUGUACCAUGGGUUCGGGUUCACUUAACGCUAUGAGUGUGCUAGAAACAGGUUAUCGCGACGGCAUGACAAUUGCCGAGGCGGUCGACUUGGCUACCAAGGCCAUCAGCGCCGGUAUUCUAAACGACCUAGGAUCUGGAGGCAAUGUAGACAUUUGCGUUAUCGACCGUGAUGGAGCUAAGCAUACUCGUGCUCAUGCUGUGGUUGGUACACGGACAUAUGCACCUGUUCCACGCUUCGUGCGUUCCGAUGGGAGGUCAUUUAGCGACCAUAUGCCGCUCACUGUUCAGCUUAAUCCACUUAAAAGUGGACCGUCGUGCCGUAUUACCUUAGGCGGUUCCUCGCCGGCUGCUGAUGAUAGCGGCGAUCGCACCUCGGUUAUGGCCGUGGUAUUUUUUUCUCCUGAUAACAAGAAUCGUAACACCGUUGGUAGCUACCAUAAACCAACGUUCGAGGUGUAUGUGCGCCCUCCUUCAAACCCGGUCAAAGGCUACACCCGCUCUUUAGAGUGUUCGCUUCUUAAAUGUCUGCAGAAUUUAGUGGAUGGGACUACUUUGGGCCGCCUGUUAGUAUCGGUACGUCUGCAGGUGUUGGAGGAAGGUCGCGGUUUGCUGUCUGUGUGUCUUAAUGCGCUAAUAACGUGCGUCGCGGUCGCCGGCUUGCCUUUUCGUGAGAUUCCUCAUGCUGUCCAAUUCGGAAUUCUUCGCAACAACGGUGCACCUGGGUUCAUAGUAGACCCUACCUUAGAGGAGAUGCGCGAACACUGCGCAACAGGCAUUACAAUGCUCUGUGAGCCACGAAGUGGUCACAUCUCUUUCCUGUCCAUUGACUAUGGCCAUGGCGGCUACGAAACAUCUCUCCAGAGCAGAAUGGAAGAGGAGGCCAGGAGGAUAGCCAAGGCACGGCUGCAUGAUUUGAACAAUACUUAUCAACAGGCUUUCGAGGCUGCACGCAUAUCAUUCGAGGCCAAUGCGUGGUGA